AACACUCGAAAAGAGUCUAAGCAAACAAUUGGCAAGCAGGUGAAGACUGGCUAGUCUCAGAUUAAAUUAUUCUAUAAGUGAUGGACAGCCAGGCACCGAUCGAUGAUCUGCUGCUGGACAUUGUAGACAAUGCUUGGCGCAUGGAAGUACUACCCUUCGAUCAGGUUCUAGUGCCACGCGAAAAGCUACCCGAUCCAGAGGCGGACGGCGGUGAUUCACACCUGACGGUCAGCGAGCAGGAGCAAAAGUGGACUGAUCUGGCGUUGGGCUCGCUGGCACCGGACGCAGCCCUCAUCGAUCAACUCAACAUCACCUCUAUCUAACCAAGGACCGCG